UAUUAAAAAAUUCCCAUACAUGGUCAGUUGUGUCUGAUGAAGAAAAAUAUUAGUAACUUUCUUGCAUUCUUCAUUACUUUCACACUCAUUUCCUUCACUGCUGCCCAUACCACUUCUAGACAUGCGACAGCAAUCCUUACAGACUCCCAAGCCUUAUUUAACAAGCACAGACGGCUGUUUUAUUACAGCGACCUGUUUAGUUCUGGAGGUGAUUUUGACUCAGUUCCUUCUCUACUCUCCUUUGACAACACCAGGCUUAAGAAUGCCUACGUCGCCUUACAAGCAUGGAAGGAAGCCAUUGUCUCAGAUCCUUUGAACCUGACGUCCAACUGGGUGGGAUCCGAUGUGUGCAAUUACACUGGAGUUUUCUGUUCCCCAGGCCUGGAUGACCCAUCUAUUGAAACUGUUGCUGGCAUUGAUCUGAAUCAUGGGGACCUUGCUGGGUACCUCCCUGAAGAGCUAGGACUCCUCACAGAUAUUGCAUUGUUUCACAUUAACUCCAACAGGUUUUGUGGGAAGAUCCCUUGGAGUUUCAAAAAACUGAAGCAUCUUUUCGAGCUGGAUCUCAGCAAUAAUCGCUUUGCAGGGAAGUUUCCUUACGUUGUUCUUCAUUUGCCAAGCCUUAAGUUUCUUGACCUUAGGUUCAAUGAGUUUGAAGGCAAGGUACCAAGAGCUCUCUUUGAUAAAGAUCUUGAUGCCAUAUUCAUAAACCAUAACAGGUUUGCCUUUGAACUGCCUGAUAACCUGGGAAACUCGCCUGUAUCAGUCAUUGUUCUCGCCAACAAUAAGUUCCACGGAUGUGUACCUACGACUCUAGGUAACAUGUCAAAUACGCUAAAUGAAUUGAUUCUGAUGAACAAUGGGUUGCGCUCAUGCUUGCCAAAAGAGAUUGGCUUAUUGAAGAAUAUGGCAGUUUUUGAUGUGAGCUAUAAUAAACUCAUGGGUGAAUUGCCUGAAUCGAUUGGAGAAAUGGAGAGCUUAGAACAGCUAGAUGUGGGGCACAAUAUGUUCUCAGGGACUAUUCCUGAGAGUGUUUGCUCAUUGCCAUACUUGCAGAAUUUUAGUUUUGCUUACAACUUUUUCACUGGUGAGCCUCCAGUGUGCUUGGAUUUGGAGGAAUUUGAUGAUAGGAAGAAUUGUUUGAGAGGCAGGCCAGUUCAGAGAUCAAGAUUACAAUGUAAAAUGUUUCUUUCUAGGCCUCUAGAUUGUAGUGUCUUUAAAUGCAAUCCGGUAAUUCCUCCAAAGCCUCUUCUACCUCCUCCACCAUCACCAUUACCACUGCCUCCACCCUCACCGACGCCUGCAAUACCACCACCUCCUCCUCCAAUACCUUGUAUUCCCUCUCCUCCACCACCCCCUCCACCAAGUCCAUUCUACUUCACUUCACCACCGCCACCCCGACAAUCACCUCCUCCACCUCCAACUAAUUCGCCACCGCCACCUAUAUACUCUCCACCGCCCCCACUAAAUUCACAACCACCACCACCACCGCCUAUACCACCACCCCCAUCAAAUCCACCUCCAUCUCCGCCACCAUGUUGGCAAUUACAAUCACCUCCACCUCCAGUUCAACCUUUUAUACCACCGCCAACUCCCAUAUAUGAUGAACCAUUGCCACCAAUUAAAGGGGUAGACUAUGCUUCUCCACCACCACCGCCAUUUUACUAA